AUGCCACAACUGAAUGUCAUGGAAGUGGAACCAGAUAAACUUUUUGAACAAUAUUCUGUUACAGAAGUUGAAUCUGUUUUACAGUCAGUUAACAAUGAGAUUGAAAGGAAGAAAGUUGAGCUUAGAACGCUUGUUGGAGAAAGAUAUCGAGAUCUGAUAGAAACAGCUGAUACUAUUGGCGAAAUGAAGUCAAUAUCUGAACAAUUUAUCAAGGAAGUACAAGUUCUUACUACUGACAUGGGCAGCCUUAAGUUCAAGCAAGGACCAUCUUACAAGCCUGAUUCAAUUAAACAAAAGAAAAAAUCUGUCGCUUAUUCAAUGACUGAUACCAUUGCUGCCCAGCUUAGUAUUCUUGUGGAUUUACCAGAAAUGAUUUGGAGUUCUAUAGGUUCAAAAGAUUAUAUUAGAGCUGCUCAAUUAUAUCUACUUGGCAGACACAUCAAAACAGGAUUUUCUGUUGAUCGAGACCUAUCAGCAUAUGUUAAUAGGUUACCUAUUCUGGAUCUCCAAUGGAAUGCUUUAUCACAUUUUCCAAAAACAAUUUUGAAUGCUGCUGAAAAUGAUUUAAAGUCUCUUGACAUUUCAUCAGAGGCAGCUAGUGUCGCAUUGUGUGCUAUGGCAUUAUUAGACAGCAAGGAGCUGACUGGAAAGUUUUUGUCAUUACGUCUUGAAACUGUUGAAAUUACUCUUCAAACUGACAAAAAUGUUAAAACUAGGAUUCUUGAUUGCUACAAUGCAGUGGUGAAGUCAUUAGCCAUAUUAUGGGAUUGUUUUGCAAUUGAUAACUUUGGAAAACAAUUAUUUUGGAAGAAGUUACCUAAAAUAGCUGAUAGUAAAAGUCGACCUGUUAUUAAGUUAUUAGAGAAAGGAGUCAGGCUUAAAUAUCUCCCUCCAAUUAUACUCCAGUUCAGAUCAUCAUCACUUUAUUCAGCAAAAUUAUUCAGUUCAAUUGAUCUUCCUACGAAAAUUAGUGAAUGGCUCACAACUGUUAAGAACUUAGUUUCAAAAAAGGGGAAAGAACUUUUAAACAAUGUUGUGUCACUUCGCUCAAUAGAACCUUUAACUAAUAUACAAAUAACAAAUUAUAGGGAGUGGGAUCAAUUGUUAACCCUAUUCAAAAUUGAUAAUAAAUUUGAACUUUGGAAUGGUAUUUUCAAACCUCUGAUAUCGUCUAGAGCCAAAGAACUGAUAUCAAUACAUUGUAAUGAAGGUUUUGAUCAAAUUGUUAAUUCUUUGGAGAAGGCAUUCAUAGAAACUGACCCUUUCAAACCUGAUGACGAUCUCCGAUGGUUUUUAUGGGAAGACUGUCUUGAAGAUCUAGAAAUUGAUAGUGUCACUAAUGUCAGAGGAUUACUGUUGAAAGCAAAAGGAAUAACUCCAAAAGUGUCAAAUAUUUGCAGAGAAUUUGAAAAUAAUUUAUUAACUUUGCACGAUGAUGUAUCAGGACUUUAUACAACUGAUGUUACUCAGUUGUCAGAUAAUAAUGAAUUGAAAAUUCAUCAGCAAAAUGUUUAUUUGAAGUUAUUACUAAGGUUGAAGGAACAUAUCCGUGAGUUGUCUCACAAGGAAUCGAUUUCAGAGGGUGAACUAUCUAUUGUGGCCAGGUUCUUACUAGCAGUUCCCGAACUCUGUCAUACUCUGCAGAAAUUUUUGACUGUUUCGGCUGACAGUAAGUCAACACCUUGGGAAGAUGCGAAGGUGUUGUUUGAAACUGAGGGACUUUAUGUCUGGUCUUGCUGGGAAGCGAAAGCAGCUCAGAGGCUUGAAGCAGUUAUUCCUGUCCAUCUUCGAAAACCAACUACUUAUGCAGAUUUACUUAACAUUAUACCACAGUGGGACAUAGUUUGGAUAGAAGAAGGGAAAGAAGAUGAUGAAAGACGUAAAUCUCAAUUGCGAGUGCCUUCAAGUCCUAGCUUUCCUCUACAGGCAGUACUUCACUAUUUUUCUACUGAACUGGCUAAAGCUCACCUUCCAAGGAUUGUAAGUGAAAAUUUGAUGCAUAAAUUAAUGCCGAAAUUAAUAAAUGCUUACGACACUAGUUCUCCUUUGUGCCAAGCUGAAUCUCUUCAGAAUCUGUUUGAUGUGAAAUAUUUGCUGGCUCAGUUUAUACCUAUUGCUAACAAGGAUCUAUCAGCUCAGUGCCAAGGAAAGAUAUCUAAUAUUGAAAGUAAUAUAGAUCCAUUUGAUUUAGAUGUUUUUGCACCGUAUAUUGCAUCUAAUAUAAAAUUGAGUGUUUGCCGAACUCAGUUACUGUUUGGAAACUACUGUACAGUGCGCCCUGAAGACUCUAGUGCAGCGUCUAAUCUUAAGAUGCCUGAGGAUCCUAGCACCCUGGCUUUAAGCAAAUCAUCUGCCUGGUUUCCUCUCAUUCCAGUAACUAAUCCAGUCAGUAAGCCACUGCAUCUUGUCAAACCAAAGACUGUCAAAUCAUCAAGGCAGAGCUCUGCUGUGGUCGAGGCUGCAGCUGAAACCAGUAAGGCAACAAGCACAUCGUUCUUAAGUGACUGGUUUGGAUAA